AUGAGCCAAAAAAAGAAGGCGAAUGCGAAGAAAAUUGGAAUGUCGUUCGCAAAAAUGUUGCAUAAGAAAGCGUUGCGACGUGCACAAAAAGCGAAAGGAAUGCACAAAACGGAUGGCAGAGGUCGGCCACGAACUGUUGGUGUUAAACGAAGAGGAGCAGGCACGUCGAACGCAGUGGGACGUCCAAGGAAUACCCCAGCCAUAAGCGCCGGAACCGGUGUUGCUGAUACAUCGGUAACAUCAGAUUCUCAAACAAAACUGGAAAUGGAUAAAUUUGAGCAGAAUGAGAAGAAUGUUGAGCAGUCGAAGCCAGUAGUGGAGUUGACAGCAUCAACAUCAGCAUCAGUGGUGGCUGGUGGUGCUGCGAGUAAUACAGAUGAGGAGAGUGGGCCAGCGACACGAAGGAGUAUCACGUCGAGGACAACACCAACAGGAGUUGAAAAAAAAUCAACAGCGGCCAAAUCGAAUCAUUCAUCAGUGACGAAGAAGACGUCAAGUCAAAAACGUAAAGCCACAAUAAAAUUGAAGCGAAGGACCACAAAAAGCACAUCGGCACUGAGAAUAGUCGGUACUGAGUCGGGCAGUACCAGUGCAAUAAACGAUGAACGAGCAGUUGGUGAUCGUAGCGGAGAUGUCGUCGUCACGUCAGACGGUGAACCGAAUGAGGAGAUGGUGCUUUCUGAUUCGGAAUCAUCACGACGCAAGUCCACUCGUUCAUCGACUCUCGCAACUUCCAGUCCAGCUGGCUCACAACUGAACGCGUCUAUUAAAGAUGAAGAAGAUGAGUCUGCAAACCUCGCAACACCAACGAGUAAAAUUGCUGAUUCUGCUGAAACGGUGCAAGAAGUGAAAAUUGAGGGUGAUAAUAGUAAGGAAGAGGAGAAAGCAUCGAGUAAUGAAGAACGACGCAUGACACGUGGUAGAUUACAGAAAGAGUUGGAAGGCAAGGAACAAAAUGAGAGGCGGGAAUUGAGCGUUGAUCCGAAACAAAUUGUUGAGAUAAAGGCCGAGCCGAAAGAUGCAUCGAAGGAGUUGCCGUCUGAACAAAAUCCUCAAAAAGAGACCGUGGCUGAUCGAAAUGUGGCCGAUGUCAAGACUGAGCCAGCGGACCAAGUUGAAACAACGAAGAAAGUCGGUGGUCGCGGCAAACGAAAGAGUGUAAUCGUCAAGAGUGACGGAGGCAAUAACGACGAGGAGGAGAGCAAGAAGAAACGUGAAAGCGCGAAGUUGCACGCUCGAAGAGCAUCAUCAUCGCAGCAGUCGAUGGCUGCAGCCGCACACGAAAUGAAUUAUAUGCUUCCGGAAGAUCGAAACAAAGCCGUGAGUCGAGAGGAACGUAAACUGCAACAGCAAAUCGCAUUAAUGGAACGUUUGCAAGCACAAGCAAAACGAAAAGAGAAUAAGAAACAUCACGCAAACGAACAGUCAUCACAUCAUCACCACCAGCACCAAGAUAAUAUCAGCACAACGAACGUCACUGAUGGUGGAGCGUCGACAGUGGAAAUACAAGACGACGAAACAAAAUCUAAUACGAGCGGCGGCAAUAAGAGAGCAUCACGAGCGAGUGUUCGUCGCAGUAGUAUGAAUGCUACAGCAGCAGCUGAGAGUAAGAAAGCACGAGUCUCAGGAGGAGCAUCGUCAAACAACAAACGCUCGAGUCUAUCGAGGGAAAGUGAUGAUGCGCGACUGCAGGAAAGCGGAAUGGGAGAUGUGAAAAAAGAAGCGAAAGAGGAGCCAAUGGAAUCUGAAUGCAAUGCUGCUGCUGCAGUACCAACAACAGCAGCAAAAACGACGACUGUCUCAUCGGCUGUGCCAACCUCAACUGUACAUACGCCAAUAUCGCCUCCACCUCGCAAACGAUGGGCAUCAGCCUUGGCCAAGAACGAGACGCAGUCGUCACACAUUGACAAUGCAACACCGAAAAGUGGAUCGAACGUAGUCCAGCAGCAACCGUCAACCACAAGCACUCAAGCGAAGAAUGCCUCGACUCCAUCUCCAGUAUCCGGUAAGAAGGCAUGGCUACUGCAACGAGCAAAACAAACGCAUGAAGAGAGCACAAAAAUGGAGUCUGAAACGCCGUCGAUAUCACGAACAGCAGGAGUGUCUGCAAAAACGGUUAGUCUUUGUUAG